AUGAAUUUUUCGAAGGAAGAAACGGCUAAGCACAAGCCUCGGGACAGGAGGGAAUCGAAGGCUGCAGAAACGGUGAGGGGCCCGAAUUUUUUAACUGAUAGGAGGAUAUCACAGGCCGAGAUGCAGAGGAGACACACCUGGCUACAACGAACGAGAGAGAGUCAGGCUUCGACGAGGAAUCGAUCACGUGUGACCCACGAGGUCCGAUUUCCUGAAACGUUCAAUGGACUCUACUCCACACGUUUUUCCCCGAACGGUGAAGUUAUCGUCACCGGUUUUGGAACCGGUGGAAUUCAGGUACGAAACGGCGAAACGGGCGAGCUCCGAAACACUCUGAGGAGCGGAAUGGAGGCUUCGUUUCCAAUAAUGUGUUGCCGAUUCAAUCCGAUUCGUCCAGAGACGUUUUACGCUUCGAGUGCCUGCGGCAACAUAUUUCUUUGCACCACCAACACCAACGAAUUUUCGCGUUUUAUCGAGGAACCGAAAAACGAAGUGAACACGGUUGACGUUAGCAUCGGUGGCGAAUACAUCGUUUCGGGUGGCAAAGAUGCAGCUGUGAGAUUGUACGAUGCUGAAAUUGGUAAGUUGAUUACGAUCUACCAAAAAGCCGAGGGUGACAUAGUGGAAGAAAAAGUUGGCAAGUUCCACAGGAUGAGAAUAUUCGCCUGCAAGUUUCAUCAAUCUUAUCCGGGUUUGUUCAUCACCGGCGGUUGGGACGACACAGUCAGGAUUUGGGACGUGCGCGUGGGCGACGGUUCGGUGAGGUUGAUCAAGGGACCUCACAUCUGCGGGGACGCUAUCGACAUAAAAGAAACUUACGUUUUAACCGGCUCGUGGGUGGUCCGAGGUAGUCUACAGACUUGGGACUUGACCAGCGGCAAAUUGAUCGAAACGAUUGUGCCGGGAAACCGGCCGACUACUUUGGACGGCGAGUUUCUUUAUGCGGUUCAGUACUUCGACGGUGAUCCUUACGGCGACCACGUGAUUGCUGGAGGCUCUGGAACGGGGGAAGUCGAAAUCAUCAGUUUGAAAGAGAAAAAAGUGAUGGGAAGUUUCACAGUCAACAAAGCAGUGGUGACGGUCGACAGUUGCAGAACGUCGAUAGUCUUCGGUGGCAUGGAAUCGGUGCUGAGGCUAGCCGAUUACAGUUGA